GGAGAUUAUCAUGCUUUAGUUUAAUUAGUUGACACGUGUCCUUACGAACAGUAUUUGUAGAAAGUUAGCUUAAUUACAAUAUGUUUAGACGAAAAAGCGACAAAAUUAGGAUUAAACUGCAAUAAAACGUUAACAAAGUCAAGGAAAGGCCGACAAGUGAUUGAAGAUCAGUCCAUUGCUGAAUUUUACAUGAUUAUACGGACUGAGACACCGUGAAGACGUAAUAUUGAAAAAUGUUGAUGAUAGUAGGCCUACUUAGUUUAUGCUUUAACUAUGGCCAAAGCAUGUCAGAAGGGGCCCCGAUUACCGCAUGUGGUGACAUGUUUCCUUCACAUGGAUUCCCUACUCAAUAUACCUCACCACCUUAUAAGAUAACAUUCGAACCUCCGGAGUACAGCCCAGGCCAGGAUAUAAAAGUGUCAUUGGAGAAGACCACUAAAUUAGGAUUCAAAGGAUUCCUUCUUAUGUUUAGAGAUUCAGAUGAUUUUAUAACUGGAAGUUUUAAAAAACAUGGAGAAGAUGAAUUCAACUCGGUUGCAUGUGAUAACCCAGACGACACUGUAGCAAUCACCCACGUAAGCAGUGCUGUGAAAAAGAAGGUAUCUUUUAUUUGGAAGGCACCAGACGAUGCAUCCGGACCGGUGACGUUGAAAUGGACAGUAGUUCAAGAGUACGGAAUGUAUUGGGUGGACCAACAAAUUACUCUAAACGAAGCUGAAUGACAUUUGAAGAUCUUAUCUGGACGGAAAAUUCAUGGCAAAUUUAUUUUGACCAAAGAUAAUGAAACAUUUCUAUAAUAAACAAAUGGCAAUUUGAUUUGUAGAGACAAUGUAGUGAUCGCUACAUCUUUUUGUAAAUCAUUAAAUAGGAUUGAUCGCUUAAAACAAAUUAUCAAUGCAAACAACCUAUAUUUCUUAUAAUGUUAUUUUUAUAAUUAAAUUGAAG